CUUUGGCGCGGGCUGCGGGAGCAAGGGAACUGCUGAGCUGUGCACGUAACAUACAACGUGCACUACACAUUUCUUCAUCCACAACGUCCUGCAUGGCUCCUUGGCACAGGACAGCCGCUUUUAUAUGGUCAACCCUUGCUUUUCUUCUUUAUUUUGGUUACACGUCUGCUGCUGAUCCAGAACAUGCCAUAAGCUACUUCAACAACCCACCAACUCGGUUGUUCUUUUUCGACGAUACGACUAGUGUGAUAUACCAUGAUGCUAAUUUUGGGGAUAUACAUGUCUCUCAAGACGAAGGCAAGACCUGGAAACGCGCAGAUGACAUACCACCUGGGGAGGCUGCAAUGUUUAUGGAGCACCCAUUCAACAACCGCGUGGCAUUCGUAUUAACAAACUCCUACACGCAUUACCGCACAGACGACCGCGGAAAGUCAUGGCGCACGUUCGAGGUCCCCGAGCUAGUGGGUUAUAUCCAAAAACCGCUCUCAUUUCACUCGGAUCCCAAAAAGUCGGAGUACACCCUCUUCCAGGCCACCAAAUGUGACCAAAUUCCCUGGGGAGAACAAUGUAAAGACGUGACAUACUACACCAAAGAUGGAUUUGUUUCAUCACCACAACUUCUCCUAGAGGACGUCUCCCGUUGCCAAUUCGCUCACAGUAGUAAGGAUUUCAAACAUGACGCUCACGAGGACCUCAUCUACUGCGUCGCUUAUGACACCUCCGCUACGGCUGGCUCACACAACAUCGCAAGCAGUCGUCUGUACUCCAGCACAGACUUUUUUGCCACCAAGCAGAACGAAGACCUUGGCAUCGGCAAGAAUGCCAAGGGUGUCGUGGCAUUCGCAAUCGUGUCCAAGUUUGCCGUGGUUGCGCUCAAGGACUUGACACCUGGCAGCGAGGGUGACAUGCUGUUAUAUGUUACUGUGGACACCAAAGAAUGGGCCAAGGCACAUUUCCCACAUGCCUCCCAGGCUCGCUUGCGGGAGAACGCAUACACUAUUGUCGAAUCUACAGUUCACUCUCUAGCAGUAGAUGUAGUCUUGCACGACAUAACCACUGUCGGUACCCUGUUUGUCAGCAACUCCAACGGCACCUACUUUGUGGAGAGCUUGAUGAACACGAACAGAAACAUGAUGGGGUAUGUCGACUACGAGACCAUAUAUGGCGUUGAGGGUGUUGGUAUUGCCAACGUCGUCGCUAAUGCGCAAGAUGUUGAGAGGAAGAUGGCAGCCAAGCAAUUACGGUCGGUCAUCACAUUUGAUGACGGUAGCUCAUGGAAUUCCCUUGCCGCUCCUAGCGGUACCUGCUCCUCCGAAUCAUGUUCGCUGCACUUGCACUCAGUAACAGACAUGCACAACUAUGGCCCCGUUUUCUCGUCCCCCGCUCCUGGCUUCGUCAUGGGCGUGGGUUCCGUUGGAAAAGCUCUUGCGCCAUACGAUGAGAGCAAUACCUACAUGAGCAAGGACGCCGGCCUGACAUGGACUAUGGUCCGCGAAGGCGCGUGUCAAUACGAAUUUGGCGAUUCUGGAAGUGUCAUCGUCGUCGUCGACGACGAAGAACCUACCAACUCUAUCAUGUACUCCACGGACAUGGGCCAGACCUGGAACACAUACAAUAUUGAGAUCCGAUUCCGUGCCAAGGGCCUGACGACGGUAUCGGAUUCAACGUCUCAGAAGUUCCUCCUCCUUGGCCAGGUCGUGCGGCAGUCCCCACAGUCCAAUGAAGGCCGUAACGCUGCCAUCUACCUCGACUUCGCUGCCCUUGGGCGCCCACAGUGUGGUCCUAACGACAAGGAAUCAUGGUAUGCAAGAGCCAAUACCAAAUCAGAGUGCAUCAUGGGUGCCAAGCAAUGGUACACCAGGCGCAAGGCUGGCGCGGAUUGCUACAUGGGUGAGAAGUUCCAUGAUCCGGAAGUUCAUGAUGAUAAGUGCCCAUGCGAGGAACAUGAUUAUGAGUGUGACUAUAACUAUGUGCGGAGUGAUGGUAAAUGUGUGCCUUCGGGCCCAGAGCGCAUACCCAGUACCCAGUGUACCCUUGGGACGCCCGGCGAAACGUACAUGGGUUCAUCGGGAUAUCGCAAGAUCCCUGGGAACAAGUGUGAAGGUGGCUCUCGCAUGGACGAGCCCAUGUCUAAAGACUGUUCCGGAGCUGAACCUGUCGAAGGAGCGAUUGUUUACCAGACUCAUCCAUUUGCUAGUGAUAUUGUACAGAGCGAGUUUUUCAAGGACUCGAAGACCGUCCUUGUCCGUCUUGCCGACUUCACAAUAUGGCAAUCUAGUAACGAGGGUUACACAUGGGAACAAAAGUUCCCAGAGGAGCGUUUCCUAGUGUUCUAUAUGCACACACACACCGACGACCGCGCAUACCUUAUCACCGACUCCAAGAGGUUCUACUAUACAACAGACACUGGCCGCUACUGGCACCCUUCCGAAGCGCCUUCUCCUCCCAACACGUUCGGGGCCCAAGUGGUCCGCUUCCAGCCUAGGUCCGAGUAUCUCAUCUGGAUCGGUAAUGUGGACUGCCAAUCAGGGUAUGAAACCUGUCGCGCGCAGGCCCAGUACACAUGGAACAAUGGGCGGGAUUGGCGGUUGGUGGAGGACUAUGUCGUCAACUGUGACUGGGCACGCGAUGAAGAUCUGCGGAUCGAUUCAUCUCAGAUCCUAUGCGAGUCAUAUGCGGACAAACAGGGCUCGCAGGUGUUUUUCGGGAAAGAGAAUGCGUUGCAACUUGUGUCUGGCACAGACUAUUAUGCGAAGAAGACGAAGCUUUUUGACCAUGUUGUGGGGUUCACUAAGUUUUCAGAGUUUUUAAUCGUGGCUGAGUACCUCCCGAUGAGGGGCACGCUUAAUCUCCAGGUCUCACUUGAUGGACGUACGUUUGCUUCUGGGAACUUCCCUCCCGGCAUGCAUCCAGAUUCUCACGCGUACACUGUCCUCGAGUCAAGCACUAAAUCCAUCUUCCUACACAUGACCAUGAACGAAUUUCCAACGCCAUGGGGCAACAUCCUGAAAUCCAACUCCAAUGGAACAUACUUUGGGCUGUCCAUCGAUAACGUGAAUAGGAACAAUGGCGGCUUUGUCGACUUUGAGAAGCUCGCGGGGUUGGAUGGCAUUGCGAUUAUCAACAUAGUAGCCAAUCCUGCGGAGGCUGCACUCACGGGACACAAGGUUCUGCAGACGAGGAUUACGCAUAAUGACGGUGGCACUUGGAAGCCCCUUCUACCCCCUUCAGUAGAUUCACUGGGUGUGAAGUACCCUUGUACAUCAGUGGGCUGUGCACUCCACGUUCACGGAUAUACAGAACGCUUCGAUGCCCGGGCGACAUAUAGCAGCCCAUCCAUCGUCGGCGUGGUGAUGGCAGUCGGGAACGUGGGUGAAUCGCUCGCCGCCUACACUGAGAGCGAUACCUUCCUGUCCCGGGAUGGCGGGUUCACAUGGGAAGAAGUUCACAAGGACGCCCAUCUCUGGGAGUUCGGCGAUUCAGGGUCUAUCAUCGUGAUCGUGAAUGAUGAGGAACCGACGGACCAUGUCCUGUUUACCACAGAUGAAGGUCUCACUUGGCGAGAAUUCAAAUUCACGACUGAGAAGAUCAGAGUGAGGGAUAUCAUGACGGUGCCAGAGGAUACGAGCCGGAAGUUUAUGCUCCUGGGUCGUUAUCCCGCGACGGCUGGCUCGGUGAUCGUACACUUAGACUUCUCAUCUCUCACGCAUCGAAGAUGCCUCAUGGAUGCGGAAAAACCUGGACACGAUGACUUUGAGCUAUGGAGCCCCAGUGAAGAAAGAGACUCACUUUGCUUGUUCGGUCGACAGACGCUCUACCAUCGCCGCAAACGGGAUGUGAACUGUGUUGUUGGAGACACGCCCAAGGCACUAGACAACAUUGUACGGAAUUGUACAUGUGCGGUGGAGGACUUUGAGUGCGAAUUCAACUAUGUCCACAAUGGGGAAGGCCAAUGCGUUCUUGUACCGGGGAUGACAGCACGACCGCCCGAUGAUUCAUGUCGCAAUGGGGAAGACUACUGGUAUGAACCCACGGCGUACCGCAAGGUGGACUACUCUAGUUGUGAGGGCGGCGACCGCAUAGACCGAGGCACGCAACACUUGUGCCCUGGUAUUAAUGGCCACAGCGCGAUAUUCUGGAUGAUGGUGAUUUUAUUCCCCUUUGCGAUCACAGCGCUUGUCGCAUGGUGGUGGUACAGCAAGAGCGGAAUGGCGAGAGGGCAAGUGAAAUCUACUUCACGUGUGCGUUGCGACUAUUCGCAUGGGUCAGGGUCUGGUGCGAUGGCUACGCUGGCAUCUGUGCCAUGGUUCCUUCUCGGACUUGCGGGCAUCGCGUUCGAAUAUAUAGCGUCAAGCCUGGAAUCUGUAUCGAUGGGCUACCGCGCGAGGCGUGGAUAUAGGGAUGUACCUGUAGACGAGGAUGCGCAGGUCUUGCGUUUUGAGGAUGAGGAAUGA